CUGCUGCGCUCUGAAUGCGAACUGAAUGGUCGGUUCAUUACGCUUGUGGAAGUCUCGAAUGGGAGCUUGUAUUAUCUGGAGCGAGGUUAUGGGCCGCCGAAGGAAGAGGAAGUAUAUCCAGAUUAUCCGAAACCAAUUCGGAAGCUUCGUCAUCCGUUAACCGAAUGGUUUUCUCGUAUUAUCGGCCUUUCAAAACUGCCAGACCAGAUUUCCGAAACCACGGAUGCCUUUGGGCCGCUGCCGCCGGAAUUGUGGCUGGACGUGUUCCCCCACCUGAACACAAUGAUGCGGACAAGCUUACGCGCUGUCUGUGCAACAUGGAAUCGUAUUCUGGAUUCACCGUUGCUGACGACUACGAUUGUCAUUACGAGCUUUGACAGCAGUGACGAUCCGGAACGACGGGAUUAUCUUCUGACAGCGCCCAUCUUCAAAUGUCUGCGUUCCACGACCGAGAGCCUCGUUGUGGUUGACUGGUGGCAGAGAGUGGGUGACGAAGAGCUAUUCAAAAUGGUGAAUAUGAUACGCCAUGUGGCGGAGAACAACUCCGACAUCCGAUUGAAAGAGGUGACACUUGUGGGCUUCCGCUGGCUCAUUCCAGUUAAUCUUGUUUAUGCCCUUCGUGCGGAGAAUGACUGCGGCUUGCAUCUGAAUAAUGACGAUGACGGGAGCCAAUCAGUCCCCAGUAGCCUUAAUGCCGGUCAUAUCCGGGAUUUCCUUGCGAUCUUUCGGGGAUUUGUGUGCGAUUCCAUACGAUUGAUCGGCGGAUCGGCGGACCUGUUUGUCAAUGCAACGCCUGACAGAGCUCUUCGUCGACUGUUUGUCCGGAUUCCUGCAGUUCGGCUGAUGGUUGACGAUGGUUUAGAGCAUGCAAUAUGGAAUGUCCUGGAAGCGGGGUUACCGAUGAUUAGUGACGCGAAACGGGGAACAUUGUCUGAAUUCUUAGCGUGGGUGAUCUCGGAGAAAGACGCAGCGUCGCGAGUGGGGUUGGCGUGGGAGAAAGCAGUGUGCAAGAUACUUUGUGGAGCUCAGUCAUCGGAUCCGCGGCCGCAGUCGCACUACCCUGGGAAGAAAUGGUGCGUGGAGGGACUGCAAGAGCUGCAGUUGGACAAGCUGACCCGUAUUACGCUGCGUUUUCUUAUCCUCCUGGCGAACUCUAUCGAGGAAUGGAAUAUUUAGCGUCGUUCCAGGCUUGCAGCCAUGUCUAACGGCAACUGGCAAAACACUCGCGUCGAAGUCUUGGGUGACGAUGAUACCUUCCGUAGCGGCUUGGUGGUGGACGUGGCUGACAACGGGCUCUUCAUCGACUUCUGUCCCAACCGGCGCCGCGAAUUCACCCCGUUCGGCCGAAUUUUCCAGAAUGCCUACUCCGUGAUGAAUGAAUUUCUACUGGCCCAUGCGUAUGCGUACACCCCACCCGAUGUGCGCAUCCCCCUGGAAGUAAUGGUGCGAGAGACACCCUCCGGUCCCUGGGCCUGGUUCCCCGCGGUUGCCGUCAAUGUGAACCGUGGGAUUUGUCACGGGGCGAGCAGCGUAGCCGUGGCCCAAUGGAUGCAAGGCGACAUGGAACAUAUGGAUCUGGUUCCGUUGCAGCGACUGCGUUGGAGGGUCAUGGCCAAAUGGUGGGCCAUAGUGGACCGGGAAGCCCCCUCCGCAGACGUCGACAGCGGGAAUGGUGGCGGCUUUCAGUUAAAGGGCAUGGCCGCUUGGCCGGAGCCGAUUGCGGACGGGAUUUUCCAGAAGUUUAGUAUGUUGUUACCGAAAAAAUGUCAUGAUGUCGGAGUCGAUCAACUGCUCCAACACUUGAAGGGCAAAGCGUAUCGUUACACGGAUAACGGUGUCGGACGAUUUUCCAUCCUUGACAUUGUGGACGGGCGUGUGCCGUACAUUUGGCGACAUGGACAUCAAAGUCAUUACAAAGAGACGGACUGCUUUGAGAAUGGUAUGGUAGCUGAUCGUCUUAUCGCAGUGGCAUCAUAUAUACGAGGCAUUACCGCGCCAGCCGCAAUACGUACUGGAUCUCUGGAGUGCAAGGAAAUCGGUAAUGUUAAAGUGCUCUCGUCAGCCGUGUUAGGGGAAGUGUUUUCUCAUCUGGACACUCUGACCCAGACCGGAUUGCGCACCGUCUGCUUUGCAUGGAACGGUAUUCUGGAAUCACCGGUAUUGACGGCCUGCAUCCUUAUCACCAACCCUACCCCGGAGCACGAGUACCUCGCGAAGCGCAACCAGCUGCAUUAUUUUCUGACGGCAACGAUUUUCAAAUGCCUCCGCCCAUCCACCCAGCACAUCGUGGUGGACGGGCGAAGCCGGUGGAUGGGUACCGAAGAUUUUCUAAAGCUGAUGGAGAUGAUACACUAUACAGGGCAUCAAACAGGCAGUAGACUGCGAACGAUCCAUGUCGUGGGGAUCCGCUUCCAGCUGCAGCUCAGCAACACCAUGGAUGCUGAGGACGACCGGUGCUAUUUGCAUCAGGACAGCGCUGACGCGAAGAACAAUGCUCCGUUUCCGUCGCCGAACUAUCGCCUGGUGGAUUUUAUUACGGGAUGCAGUGACCUGCCGUGUGAUGCCGUUCAUCUGGUCAACUGUUCUAUCGAUUUGGAUUAUAUGAAGGUGGACAAGAGGAAGGAGAUUCGGCUGUCGGUUAGCAUGCCCGACGUUCGGUUGCCGCAGAGCGGUGAUGUGGGUUGCGCGGUGUGGGAUGUCCUGGAGACCGGGACGACAGGGACGCCGGCGCCGAACAAAAAACAGCUGGAUAUUCGGUCUGCUUGGUUGGCGUCCGUAAGGGCUCAUGAGAGCCACGCUCACCGGGGAUGGGUGUGUCGGGCACUGUGUGUAACACAGUCCGCCGACCCGCGUCCAUCCACGCAUCACCGCAAUAAGCAAUGGUGCGUUGACGGUCUGAAGGAUGUACAAUUGGAGAAGCUGUCGGCGAUUGCACUGUACUUCUUGUUUAAACUGAAGAAUAUUAUUCUCGAUCGCUGAGGAGCCAUAGCCAUUAGGAGGAUGUUCAAAGCGUGGCAAAUAACCGGACGGAUGACGAGUUUGAAGACAUUAAUUUGAAGUUUGUUAGGUAUUUUUGCUGUUGUGUAGUUUGUCUAAUGGUUAAUGUAUGGUUGUUAUCAAGGUUGUGUUUGGGUGUUAAAAAGGUCAUGCUCGGCUUUUUCUAAAUCCGUUAGUUUCAUCAUAAGCCUUCUCUCUUUGAACUGCUAUCCGUAAAAGACUAAAAGUACC